AUGGCUUCCGAGCUAGUUAUUUCCGAGCGUGACUUGACCGCGCUCCCAGUGCACUAUGGACGAGAGUGCAUCUCAACUGAGAGCCUGGCUAUCGCGAGAGACGGUCCCUCGAAAGACGUUUCGAAGAAGAGACAGAGUCUCUCGGACUUGUUUACCAUCUUUGCCUGUGGCUUUGCUCUGAUCAGUGAUGGAUAUCAGAACAACCUGAUGACCAUGACCAAUGUCCUCCUCAAAGCUGAAUACCCAAAGGAGUACACCACCGUCGUCAGCACACGUGUGUCUAAUGCACUGCUCGUCGGCGAAGUUCUCGGACAAGUCGUCAUUGGACUGACAUGCGACUACCUGGGCCGCAAGACCGCCAUCGUCUUCACUACCCUUAUGAUCGUCAUUGGAGGAAUCCUUGCUACAGCCUCACACGGCGUGACUAUCAAUGGCAUGUUCUGGAUGAUGACCGUUGCGCGCGGCGUUGUCGGGUUUGGAGCCGGUGGCGAGUAUCCCGCCUCCUCAACCGCGGCCUCAGAAGCAGCAAAUGAUCUCAUGCCCAAACGCCGAGGCCCGGCCUUCAUCAUGGUCACCAACUUCCCCUUAUCAUUCGGAGGACCUUUCGCCGUGUCAAUCUUCCUAAUUGUACUCUGCGCCUGUAGCCAGACACACUACAGCACCGUCUGGCGAGUAUGUUUCGGCAUUGGAUGCGUCUGGCCAUUGUCGAUCUUCUACUUCCGAAUCCGCAUGCUGAACUCCGUUCUCUACCGCCGUGGCGCAAUCAAGAGACAUGUUCCCUACAAACUCGUGCUACGAUACUACUGGAGAUCAUUGAUUGGGACAUGUGGAGCCUGGUUCCUCUAUGGUAAAAACAGAAACCCCUACACAUAUACAUCUACCCUUUCUACAAAGUACAACCUACUAACAUACCAAACCCCAGACUUCGUCACUUUCCCAAACGGCGUCUUCUCCGGCACAAUAAUCUCCAGCGUCGUCCACAACGGCACAAUCCUCCAAACAGGCGAAUGGCAACUCCUACUCGGAGCAAUUUCCCUGCCCGGCGUAUUCUUCGGCGCGCUCCUCUGCGACCGCCUCGGCCGCAAACAAAUAAUGAUGAUCGGCUUCAGCGGAUAUCUAAUCUUCGGUCUAAUAAUCGGCUGCGCCUACGACCGCGUGACGAAGAUCGUCCCACUCUUCGUCGUUUUCUACGGACUCAUGCAGAAUUCGGGGAACUUCGGGCCGGGGAAUAUGCUAGGUCUCAUCUCAUCUGAGUCUUAUGCCACUGGUGUGCGCGGCACUUGCUAUGGGCUUUCGGCGGCUAUUGGGAAGGCUGGGGCUGCUCUUGGGACGCAGGCUUUCUUGCCUAUUAAGAAUCACUUGGGGAAUAAGUGGACUUUUAUUAUUGCUGCUAUUUGCGGGGUUGUUGGGGUUAUUGUUACUUGGGUUUUUGUGCCGGACUUGUCCGGGGAGGAUCUCAGGGUUCGGGAUGAGAACUUUCGUGCUUAUCUUGUUUCUAUGGGUUGGGAUGGGGAUAUGGGGGAGGACGAUUUGAAGGCGAUGGCUGAUCAGGGCCGUGGUUCUGGUGAGGCUAUUGCUGCUCCGCAGUUUACUAAGGGCUAG